CUCUCUUCAGGAGGGUUGCGCUGGAUCUGCUCGGGGGAGCUCGUGUGGUUGCAUAGGCAUACCAUUGCUCCCUCUAGUCAUUUUUCACUCACCUCUUCCGUCUAGAAUCACUCCGCGGUCUCCGAAACGCCUCUCCAUGAUCUCUUGUUGGACGGUUGCCCAUUUUGUGCAACGGAUCGGUCCUACUGACCGCGAACUACGAUGACGCUCUUUAGCCCGACCACGGUCCUCGUGGGCUUCCUCCUCCUCUACCUCUCCUCCUUCCUCAUAUUCGCUAUCGUUCGGAUUGCGACCGGAAUCUCGAUUCAACGAAUAGGAUAUUUUUCUCUCCGCCGCAUCGCAUAUGUUCCCCGAGAUGGCGUCCAGAUCGAACUCCGUGGCCUCGGCCUCUCUCUGCACCCGCCCUCGUUUGCGCAACCGACAUGGCUCAGCAUUCGCCUGACCGAACUAAAGCUGACUCUGGACCCUUCAGCUUUGGCAAAGGGGAAGAAGUCCGCCACAAAGCCCGAUGCAUCGGUUUCGGAAGCCCCGUCGGAGAAAGAGUCGUCCACCGUGCCGGAUAAUCGGGAAGACAGCUCUUCUAUACCCAAGCGAAGCAAGACAUGGCGGAAGCUGACCCGCAUGAAGGAGCAAGUGAAACGACUGCAUCGGCAAAUACAUUGGUUGAAGUUGGUGGAUGUGGUAGCCGUCAAUACGACCAUCAAUCUCGUGGAAGCUGGUCAGAUCCAGGUUGGAUCUUUAUCCUUGGGUGUCGAUACGAGGCGCAAGAUGGUGGAUCGAGGGAAACUCUUCUUUCGGCGCAAGAACCAGGGCCCUGACGAGCAUCGACCGGCAGAGUGGGUGAUGAAUGUACAGAAUGUGCUACUCGGGAUAGACGGAGCGGAGCCAACCGAAGUGCUGGACAAUGUUCGGGUCAAUAUACAUGGGCUUCUCCACAAAGACCUUGAGGGUCUACGAGAUGCGUCCAUCGCUUUCAAAAUUGGGCGCAUGCAUAUCCCGUACGAUGAUGUGAUGACUCUGAUGCAGCGCGUCAAACAGUCUCGGCAGUCGUCGGUGGAGCCUACCAGUAUUGAGACCGAUGACGAGGUCUCCUUUUCAGACUUUGUGGAGGAGCUGGAUCAGCCCGGAAGCCGAGACGACACCAUUGUGCAGGCAGUCGCUGACUCCAAGGAGUUUGCUGGGUCAAUCCUUCGGGGUAUACAAGGGAUACAGGUUGCCCUGAGCUUCUUUAGGCUAACUCGAGCUUUCGAGCCUCCUUCGUCAAAACAAAAUCCCGUGUAUCUGAACGUGGUAUCGCAUGAGUUAGGCAUUGAUCUUCACCGAAUGGACCAAAAGAGUCCUGCUCAUCGCAUGUAUUUCCAACGCGAUGAUGUCGCCCAUCAAGCCCUCCUGGCGGCCAUCUCUUUGUCGGUCACUUUGGAUGAUUGCUCAGGUGAGACGGACAACAUACUUUAUAUCCCAAUGGCGACCACAACCAUCAAGACCACGCUCCCUUCGAAGACGAUCAGCUCCUUCGACGACCACAACCCGGAGGAGCGCAAUACCAACAUACUUUUUGCUAAUUUGGUGGUGACGUCCCCAUCACUCGAUCUAGAGCCAAAGCAGGUCUCUCGGCUCUUAGGGUUGACUCAGGCGAAGAAGGCGUCUCCUCGUGGAAAGAAGAGAGAUAAUCAUCGCUUGAUUUCCAGGCUUCUUCCCAAAGCCAGUAUCAAAGUAUCGGUCCACGAACCCGUGGUUCGAUUUGUCCUCCCCAUCUCCAAGCCUUCCGACACCCCUGACGACGAUUAUAAUCUACUAAUUUCCUCUAUUUCCUCUAUUUCUCUCGACAUCGAAUCUUCACAUUCGUCCGAAGGCGGGGUUCACUAUUCGCUCUCUUCCAUUUACCGGGUGGCGUCGCACCAGCUGUACUACCAAACCCCGUCAGGUGUGAAACAUAAUCUUCUAACGACCGAGAGCUUGGAAUUCAAGGUGCUACUUAGUGCCUCGCCAGAAGUACGCGUGAUUGCAUCUGGGAGUCUGAAUACCUGUUCUGCGCACAUGGUCAACGAUGAAGUGAACCGUGGCAUUCAUCAGGUGCUCGAGCAGUUCCGGGCUCAAACGCGGCACAGAAGGAAGGCUUCUAUGUCGUUUGAGGAGCGGAAACCUAGUGUUCUCAGGCGAAUCCCGCCAUGGUUGCUUCGAUUUCAAUUUGAAGCCACUGGGCUCAGCUUGGAGAUUGCUGGUGUUGACACAAGCGUCUCUGAGGUGUCACGUGGUGUCUCAUUCCAGCUACAAUCGUGGACUGCAGACUACAGAGCCCAGAAGUCAGAACCAACGACAGUCAGCUUUGCGAGAAGGCGAACCCCAAGUCACUCUUACAUUGGAGAUGAGUCGUCCUUCCGGUUUCCCCCUACGUCGCCUCCGAGACAGAAACAAGUGGGUGCCACAGAUGGAAGACGGCUAGCCCUCCAUGUCCGCGGUUUCGAGGGGUUUGUCAUUGAAUCCGAAGAUUAUCUGGAAGCAGAACCCUUUUUCUCACUACCGAGAUUCGAGGUGGCCCUAAGCACGAUGAGUGAUCGUCUUGGUCCGAUUAGUAACCUCAAUUCCGUGUUCAAGGGCGUCUACCUACAAUACUCCCUGUACCGCUACUAUUGCCUCGGUGUUGCAAUGUCAGUGGUCCAGGACGCUUUCAUGCGAAAGUCACCGGAUAUUCCUGAAACGCCCAUGUCCCCUGUUCAAAAGGAAUUCGCUUACCCCCCAUCGCCACGUCCGUCAGCGAGGGGCGAGCUCAUGACAUAUGAUGUCCGAGCAACUGUCAUACAGCUCAAGACCUUUAUGCCUGCUGAUCCUCCAAUGUUGGUUCAAGUCUACGGGUUGACCGCUGGCUCGCAUCGUCUCUCCGCUCCAUUUGCGAAAGCACAUCUUAUCCGGUUACACGCACAAGCGCCAAAGCUCAAGGGCGUGUGGGCCAGAAUCAUAAGCAUGAACAACGUUCGCAUUGAUUUACGUAAGAUGAAACUCAAACAUGGCACCAAUCUUGUCGAGCAAAGGAGUAUAGAUGUCUGGGCUGAUUUCAUUCGAUUGGGUGUACCGCAUCACAUGGUAAUGCAUCGCAUAUUUGACAACGUGAUCAAUACCUCAAAAGCACUUAAGCAGCUUCAUGAACGCUUCAAGGGACACUCAGCUGAAUUCGGAUCAGUCAGAGAACCGGAAGAGCCCAAGAAGAUCCCCAGGGUGUCGUUGCGCAGCAAGGCUCUGCUAUUUGAGUUGGAAGAUGAUGCUUUCGAGUGGAAACUUGGUUGCAUUUAUCGCACCGGUCUUAUAGAACAGCGCCAGCGCUUGGCCCGCGAGGAGGCAUUCGAGCUGAAAUUACAAAAGAUUAAGGAAUCGGAUCAGCGCCGCUCUUCGUCGAGACUUCGGGCUCGAUCAAGCCACCGGACACUUCGUAGUGAACGUGUUAGCGGAGAGUCCAGGAGGAGCAAGAGUGCCGACCCUAAACCGCGGAAGAGCUUGCAGGAUGACAAGCGUGGCCGAGGAAAGAAGUUCCGCUAUGAUACCGAGGGAGCUGCCUGCCUGUCGUGCGAAGCCAAGGUUUCAGCCGAGAAUGCCUGGUUUCGUCUUCAAGAACACAAUUCUCGGUCCUGGAAGGACAAGAUCGAUUCUGCCCUACGAUUCCAGGGCACGUCGAUCAAGGAAGUGCGGAACCUUUUCUCCGGUGCUGACGAGGCUCCUGAAGAUGUUCAAGAAACGGAGACUGUACUCUCAAUUCCAAACAGACCUGCUCUCUUGGCCGCUUUGAUAAGUGACAUCAACCUUGUCAUUGACAAACCUUUCUUCCCCUUGGAAGAUUACCCCAAAUUCCUCAACACAAUCGGUAAAGGCAUGCCGAUGUCCAUGAAGUAUGCGCUGCUUGUUCCCAUGAGUAUACAGUUGGAAAUGGGAGAGGCGCGCGUCAACCUGAGGGACUAUCCCUUGGAUUUGCUGCACAUACCAGCUUUACGUCCCGGUCAGUCUCCAAGGCUGCCCAGCUGGUCUCUUCGAACAAACUUUGUCAUUGCCGAAGAGUAUCGUGACUAUAAGUCGGCCAGACAAGUUAAACUUGAAUUGGUACCCUCUACGGAGCUGCCAGAUGGGACCACGAGCCCUCCUUUUGCAAUUGAAGUCUGGCGAUCUGUCUCUCCUGUCAAAACUUACUCCGACCCUACAAUUGAGAUCAACACGAGUCUACCAACGAGCAUUUCAUGGGGCAUGUCUUAUCAGCCUGUGAUACAAGAUAUGAUGAAGAUCAUCGAAGGAUUCACCAAGACAGAAAUCGACCCCUCUGAUAGGGUUGGAUUCUGGGACAAGAUCAGACUUAGCUUCCACUCUCGAAUCAAGGUUGCUUGGAAAGAGGAUGGAGAUGUUCAUCUUCGUCUGAAGGGUUCGCGUGAUCCAUAUGUGGUAACAGGGUUCGGAGGCGGAUUCGUCAUGUGCUGGCGCAAAGACGUCAGAUGGGAAGUUCAUACUAGUGAUGAUCCCAAGGAAUUCAUGAGCGUCAGGAGUGGAGAGUACGUGCUGGCGAUACCGGACUACAGUCAUGAGGCUCGGUAUAUGGCCGAAGCCACAGCUCAGGACUUGGAAAGCACGUCCACGUCGAGCGACCUGAAGAACGCCGCUCACUUCAAGAAGGUUGUCAUGAAGCUCUCUGGUGACGUGAAAUGGGCUGCCGGUUUGGUAUUCGAGCGUAACGUGGACGAAGGCCAACGGUCAUUUGACUUCAAACCGCACUAUGACGUUGUGCUCCAGAACCCCGUUCAUAUCGACCCUGCGCAGCGAGAGACUUAUGAUGCCUACCGCGGGUUCCGCAGUAAUCACAUCCACUUGUCAAUUUCCGUUGUAGCCCCUGAAAGCAGGAAUUGGUCCGUCGACUCUGUUCAGCCGUCUGCAAGCUACAAUACCGUUCACUUGACCCCUCGGUUCUUCACACACUUCUUCAACUGGUGGUCUCUCUUCUCGGGUGUCAUGUCACUCCCUGUCCGACAAGGACCACUGUGGCCUGGUAUCACCAAGACAAGCAAGAAAUUCAACCGUCAUCUGGCCACAGUCAAGUAUCAACUGCUUUUCGCUCCUCUGUUUGUGGCUCACAUCUACAAGCACAAGGACCGAGAAGACUAUGCUGAGGAUGUGGUGACAGCAACAGGCAUCAAGGUUCGGUUGGAUAGCCUGAAGCUUGAUGUACAUCAAAGACGGGAGGAAGUCAAGACUCUGGCAAAGGGUCGCUUGAAGCAAACGAAGGCAAGCGCGAUGCGUAUCAACCAAGCGGAAUUGGAUCUGCAGUCUGCGGAUUUCAGGGCUGUCUCGGCCAGUAUUGAGGGCACCAAUCUUGACGACAUUGAGCAAAACAAAGACGACAUCAUAUCGUCCUUCCAACAACCUGUGGCUUCGGUUGACCUGUCUCGAUUUACUAUACCCGACCAGAACCUUGAUUGGAUAGACAUGGAUGAUUUCGUGGAGCUGGAUUGGAUAUUGCCCCAAGAAUCAAACCCACGCACACAUAUCCUGCCUUUGGCGUUUACACCACGUUUUACCUAUUUCCGGCAAACAGACCACGGCCAAACCGCGCCUGAGGAAACAGGGUAUAGCACCUUCGGUGAUGAGCCCACCCAUGAAUGCGUUAUGUCGGAGAACAAUGAACCUCGUCGGGUACAAAUGGAGCUCAUCCGAGACCGACUUGCUGCCGUCGAGGCGCAGACUCGCGACUGUAGUCGUACUAUCGGCGAGCAGGAACUCCGUCUUGCCAAAGAGAUCGAUCCCGAUCCCGCACUCAAGAGUCAGCAUAACGACUAUCUUAGACAGGCAGAAACGUUGAACCGAAGACGGACUUUCCUCACUGCCGGGCUCCAGCGAAUUGAGAGGCAGCUUGCGCGGGAAGAAAAACUCCCCACGGAAAGGAACCCCGAAACUUUCGUCCAAGACAGCGCUUCCCGGAUGGGAACAGACUCUGACUCGACGAACGAUGGCAAGGAGGCUGAUAUGGAUGGCUUAUACUCCACUCCUGACGAUGAUCUGGCAAGUGACUUCAACAACAGAUUCAUCAUCCACAACAUCCAGCUGAAAUGGAACAAUUCUCUGAGAAACAUCAUCCUGCGCUAUAUCCAUCAAGUCAGCCAGCGCCGGGGAUUCGUGUACUACAUGUCUCGGAGAGCUGUCAAAUUCAUCCUCGAUAUUGUCGAUGAACAAAACAAGAACAAGCAAAAGCAUUCUAAACUGUUCCGGACUGCCUCAAGACGCCCAUCGGAUGCUGGCGGACUUGUCGACAGCGAGGAUGAUGAUAGUAUCGAGGAUCGGAUUGAACAAUUGUUGAGUGAUGCAAAGCGCUACGUGAAUGCAGAGGAGCAAGAGCAUCAAUCCGACCAAAGGAGGCAUAGCGCCCCCAAGUCUGAUGGUUUCAGCGAAAACAUCGCACCGGAGUUCACACCUCAGAACAGCUACCACCUGCGACUCAUUGCUCCGCAGAUCCAGUUGCAGAGUGAAAAGAACCAAAAGUCUGUGCUGGUAGUGGCUGCGAAAGGCAUGCAGCUUCAAGUCGUGUCUAUUAUGGACAAGGAGCGGGUGUCCGACGACGUCAGCGGUCUCGUGCAGCGUCGCUUCUCUCUUUGCAUGGACGGAGCCCAGUUCUUCGUGGCUACGCAAAAGAGCCUAAUGAAUCAUCUACAAUUCUAUGCUGGCAACAAAUAUGGAAAUCCUCCGGGAUCCGCAUGGCCACCUUGGCUGAACCUUGAGGCACUGUUCGAUUUCGAACUGAACCCGUUCGGCUUUUCAAGGAUCAUACAGAAGACCUCGGCUAGUCUGCGGUACGACAAGUACAACAACCUCCGCCUAAAGUACAACGAGGAGGUGGCGAAAGGGCAGUCAGACCAACAGUAUAGUGUGCAUGAUACGGAACCGAGGAUGGACCAUAUUAGCGUCGACUUUCCUCACUUCCGUGCCAUUUGCGACUCCGCCGAGUACUACUCUAUGUACAUCAUCAUUCUUGAUCUUCUCCUUUAUAGCGAGCCUCUUGAGAAGGUCCGUAACGAGCGCCUGGAGAGGAUCAUGCUCACAUCCGAUUUCAGUGAUCUGAGAGGUGCACCGGAGAUGGUUUUCAAGCUCCAGUCUCGCAUCCGACAGCUGGAAGAGAUCAAGGAGCAUUUCCAGAUCCAUGCCAAGUACUUGGAUAAGCAAGGCUGGGAAGACCGGCUGGUGCUGGAGAAAGAUCUGACUCAAUGUGAGGAUGAGCUGUUCUUCUUGAUGAAAGCUAUUACCUCCUCUCAGAGGAAGAUCGACCCGAAUAUGUCGAAGACACAAGGGGUUCUUCGCUGGAACAUUUCUGCAAGCGAGGUGGUUUGGCAUUUGAUGAAGGACCAGACGGAGCCGCUGGUCGAGUUCCAACUCAGGAAUGCUGAAUAUGACCGCACGGACAACAGUGAUGGCUCGAACCAUAACUUAGUUGCAGUUGAACGAUUGUAUGGUCUGAACCUUCUUCCAGAUGCCAUCUAUCCUCAGAUCAUCGUGCCUUAUCUCGACCAGGCCCGAGGCCUCAACGGCCCUGAUGACUGCAUGAUCAAGGUGAAGUGGCAUAUGUUGGAGGCAGUUGCCGGUAUCCCUGUCUUGGAUGACUUUGAGGUGUCUCUCUUCCCUCUCAAGGUUCAGUUAGAGCGGGAACUUGGUCAAAAGGUGUUCGAGUACAUGUUCCCCAACGUCGGAUCUACUGCAUUCGAGAAUGGCGGCUUUUCGCCCUUCAUGAUUAAGAACAUGAAGCCACUUGAUGAUUCAUCUGAUUCUGAUGAGGAAGAAAGCCCGACCGCUCGUACACACCAGGAUAACAGUGAUCUUUCAACGGAUGAUCUGCAGCUGAAGGGUCCAGGAGCAAUUGAGCUGAGGCUGCAACCAACGCUGUCGCUAUCGGAAGAAGCCAGACCGAAGUCUCAACACCGGCAGCUCAGAGGUCUUGCCCUGACCCCUCUCCAUAAGGAUACCAAGGACAACAACCACAUCCGACCUUCAACGAGUGGCGGCUUGACAAAGAAACGAUCAGUGGACAGUCUGCGCAUAUUGUCUAGACAGCCCACCGAGAAAUCCGUCGCUAACACAUCGGGCGGUUCAGGAAAUAAUGAAGAGAAGAAGAAGUUCGCACUAGGAAGACUACCGAACAAGGGCAAGAAGGAGACUCCUGAUGACCUGUCCCAGAUGAUGUCCCGCGCGUCAAACUACAUGACGCUUGCCCACGUCAAGGUGCAUGAUGUGGUGUUGUGUCUAAGCUACAAAGGCAAGGGAGAGCACAACAUAGAGGAUCUCCACGACUUUGUUUUCCGGUUGCCUGUCCUAGAGUACCGCAACAAAACAUGGUCGAACCUCGAUUUGGCCUUGCGACUGAAGAAGGAUGUUAUCAAGGCUCUAAUCUCGCAUGCGCCCGCGAUCCUUGGGAACAAGUUCUCACACCACCGGCCUUCGAAGCAGCAGCAGAAACGGUACCGGGAGCUGGCUAGCUCAACCCAGCUUGUACACUACUCCGAUACCGCGGUGAAUGCGUCCGAUCACGCUCAUAGCAUGGCUAGCGCGGACUCGAACAGCGAAUAUUCAGAGUCUCAACGCUCUGGGAAGUCUGGCACAGGCACUUCUCCGCUUGUGCGAUCCAACUCUCUCGGAUCGAGUAUGCUCCACGAGCCAAGCGGGGUCAUACCGGACUCUCGCUCUGCGAGCGAAGUCGACGUGGAUGCCCGCUGGGAGCAAUCACGCCGAAUCGUUAACCCUCCCACUCGACCCAUGACUUCAGGCAAUGCCAUGCCCAGGUCACAGACAAUCAAGACCUGGGACGAGCCGGAAGAAACGACUAGUCACAAGACAUCAAUCCGCAAUUUUGGCCGGAAAUUGAUACCUUCUCGAAAAUGAGCCCGCGUCGCUCUAUUUAGCUGGCCGCCCCUCCGCUGGCUUUUCGCAUCAUACAUUUUAAUUAUAAUCCGUCAUUUUGUUAUUUGCACAUUACUGGCCUCGCAUUUGCC